AUGGAUGCUGAAUUGUGGGCCAAAUAUGAUGACGCUGUCAAGCGUCUUAAAGCUGCUGAACAGGCUGAGGCAGCUGCUAAGAAGGAAAUAGAUGAGAAAAAAAGUUUGGCAGGAAAAAUACAGGAAGGCACCAAAGAGUAUUAUCUCACUUGGGCAGAAAUAAACAAGGCGGAAAUGGCUAUUGCUGAAGAGAUUGAACACAAAUAUGCUGCUGAGUUUGCGAGAGAUUUGUGCUACGUAGAUAGGAUGAAAGACAGGAACAGAACUGACUACAAGGAAGCGCAAAUAGACCGGCAUCGUGGAGAGUUGGCUCUCACAAGGGAGUUUGUUUAUAUUAAUGACUCUCCAUAUUGGAUAAAAUGGGAUAAAUUGAAUUACAAAGCUUGGUGGGUGUAUUAUCAGCUCAAGUUGGAUGGCUACGACAUCGUUGCAGCUGAGCUGUGGAUGGCAAGAGAAGUGUUUUGUAAUUGUAUAAAAGAAGAUUCCAAUGUUAAAGCCUUUUCCAAUGCACGGAACGCAGCCUUAGUAGCGUUGGAUAAAUGGGAGCAGAAAGGUGUUUGUGUUGCCUGGGAUGAGGCAAAACCAAAGUACGACGCUGCGUUAGCCAAGUGGAAUGAGUUCAAACACAAGGGAGACAAAAACGGUAAAGAAUUGCAAGAAAAAAUAUAUGAAUGUGCGAAAACCUCUUUUAAAGUGUACGCUCUCGUAAAUAACUAUGAGAUUGGUGCGUUGAAGAACGAAUUGGGCCAGAAGGUUCAAGAGAUCAGUACAUUGAAGGACGACCGAGAGGAGAAGAGUCAAGAGAACAGUGCACUGAAAAGUGAACUAGGCAAGAAGGAUCAAGAGAUCAGUGCACUGAAAGAUAAACUAGGCAAGAAGGAUCAAGAGUUCAGUGAACUGAAAGAUAAACUAGACAAGAAGGAUCAAGAGAACAGUGUAUUGAAGGACGAACUAGGUCGGAAAGGUCAGAAAAUCAAUGAUUUAGAAUAUGAAUUGGACCUGAAGGAUCAAGAGAUCGCUGCGUUGAAGGAUGAAUUGGAACAAAAGGAUCAAGAGAUUGGAGGAUUGCAUGGCAUACCAGGUAAACUAGAUGCAACCGUUGGAGAAAUGCGCACAUGGUUCAGAUCGUUGAUUCACAUGAACCAAUCAUCGAUCAGUUGGCAAUAUCAACAGUUGGAAGAAUUCGAAGUUUUCGCACGUACCAUACUGGAGCAAGAGUGGCAAAAUUGGUUGGAAAGGAAGAUCUCAUCACAUAUAAACUUGCUAAAUUGGAUCCAGGAAAGAAUUGCCGAAGUGGCAGCAUUGGAAGAAGAGGAAGCUACCGCUCGUAAUAAGUAUAAGCAUGAAUUUUAUGAUUCGGUCAAAGAAAUUGAGAAUCGGUACUCUGUGCUUAAGGAAAUGUUGAAUGGGUGGGAUUUGAAUAGUUUUUUAAUUUCUUAA